UAUACACAUUUUUCACACUCAAAUUUUACACACCAGACCGGAGCAAGGUUGGGGCUGCCGGUCGGGUCGCACCAUGACAGGGGAGAGCGGCUGCUGUUGCUGGCUUACCUCCACCAUUGUUGCCUCCACGAGGACAGGGGAGUUCUUUUCUCUACUUUUUGUUAGCCUUUAGUUAAUAUUUCCAAAUUUUGUAUAAAAAAUUUGAAGUAAAAAUUAAUAAAUAUAUCCAAUAUACUCGAACAUUUGUUGCAUCUUUUAUCGUCUAAUAACUAAUAUUAUAAUUUAAGCAUUUUGCCUUUUCAAUUGAAUCUGAAAUUAUCAAAUUUGGAAACUGACUAAUUCUAUCAAUUUGGUCUUGGGUCUUUUCAUUUUUAAAUUUUCAAAUCCGCUUCGGAACUGCCAUUAUCGCAAGAAAGGAAUGGGAAAGGGAGACAAAAAACACAAACACCGAAACCGGCAACGAGGUACUCGUCACUACACUGAGGAAGAAGGAGAGAUUUAUUAUGACGAACUCCAGUGUAACCCCCAACACUCCUCUUCUCUGUCCGAUGAUGAUAAUCGGCAAGAAGAAGGUGAAGAGGACGGGGAAAAUGACGACAACCUAUCAAAGGAUUUGCCGUCCAAGUUCCUUCUUUACCAGCAGUCCGUUCAGUCCCCAAAAGGAGAUAUAAGCUAUUUGCAGAAGUUCUUUUUGAUGUAUGUGGGUCAGAGGCAACCUCUCCAUCUCCAAGAAGAUUUCUGUGGGACUGCUCUUCUUAGUACAGAAUGGUUGCGCACUGAUCCGAGACGGACUGCUGUAGGAUUAGAUUUGGACCUUGAGGCACUAGAGUGGUGUAUAAAGAACAACAUAAGUAAACUUGGGUAUGAUGGCUAUUCCAGGUUAUACCUCUUUCACGGAAAUGUUCUGCAUCCUCUUGAGGCUAAAAUAGUUUGCUCUGACCCUCAAGUACUGAUAAGGAACAUUGGAUUAGAGGACAACAAUUGCUCAGUUGCUGUUGCAACAGAAUCUACAGAGCAACCAAGCCUUACUGCUUCUACAAAUGAUAACUGCAUGAAGAAAAGCUCUGGAUUGCCUGCAAGAGACAUUGUGUGUGCUUUCAACUACAGCUGCUGUUGCCUUCACAAGCGUGCUGAUCUGGUUUCUUAUUUCAAACAUGCUCUUGAUGCCUUGUCCAAGAAGGGUGGUAUAUUUGUUAUGGAUUUAUAUGGGGGUACAUCUGCGGAGUGCAAGCUAAGACUUCAGAGAAAAUUUGCCAAUUUUACGUAUGUCUGGGAGCAAGCAGAAUUUGAUAUAAUCGAGCGCAAGACAAGGAUUAGCCUGCAUUAUCAUCUUCUGAAGCAACAGAAAAAACUACGCCAUGCAUUUUCAUACAGCUGGAGGCUUUGGUCGUUGCCGGAGAUUAAAGACUGUUUGGAAGAGGCGGGAUUUGGUUCUGUCCACUUUUGGCUUCGGGAAAUGCCGGAGACGGACAAAAUUAGAAGUACAGAAGGAUUUGGUUGGGAACACGGUUUGAAAUAUGAAGAAUUUAAAAGUUUCCAACAACGAGAUUCAUGGAAUGCUUACAUUAUUGGUGUUGCCAAGUAAAUUUGAUGUGGUCUUUAGGUACUUGCAGAGAGCAAGCAAAAUGUGCGACAUUUAAAAUUUAGUGGGAAUUUUCUCAUUUUAGAUUGUGUACUUAUAAAGUCACAAUCUCACAUGCAGGUGUUCUUUGAGAUUGUAGCAUUUAAUUAUUAUUAUUAUUAUUAA